AUGUUUCCGCGCUCAUGCUUCUUGGUGUUCCUGUUCCAGGCGUGUGCCUUGAAGUCCGAAGGGUCCUGGAUCUCAUGCUCAUGCGAAAAUGUGCUCGACCUCAUGACCCCCCAACUUGAGUCGAUCAGUUGCGCAAAAGUGGUUCAUGCCCUCAAGAACAGUCUUAUGGGGAAUUGUGUGAAAUGGGCCCUGGUGAAGGUUGGCAGGAAGUCUCCCGACUCAGAUGAUCCACUGGAUCCGAUAGACUGGCUUUGGGUGUCUGGGGCGUACGCCACGUGCUACGGUGCUGGAGGGUCUCUCCUUUACGGUUGCAAGAGUAUCAUGGAUCAGGGGCUGGACCAUGUCAUGUCAAAACAACAGUUCUGCGACACGGUCUUCAAUGGUGAGCAGUCGCAAGCGGCUCAGACCAGCAUGCUGUUGUUCUUGAACGCCACGCAGCCUCUGAAGCUUUUCAAGGAAUCCGCAGAUGCCAGUUCGCUUCUGGCCGCCACUGCCAACCAGUCACUGUUUCUCCCGAAAGAGUUCGCACUGGGUGGACCAACGUGCCCCACCCCCUCUGUGGAGUCAUAUUUUCACAGCCGCUGGGUGUCGGCCUUCAUCUUCAUUUUCAUCAUGGUCGUCAUGACAAUCAAUGCUGUAUCGGCCAUCGCCGAGUGCCUCAAGUGGUGCUCGGGGGGAGCUCGCGCUCGUGAGGCGGACAGUCGCAUUGCACCCCUUCUUUCCGCCAGCUCAGCAGCCUUUCUUUCCACAGGCAACAGGUCUGCUUGA